CGCUGUGGUUCUCUUCACUUCCUGUAAAGUUAUGCUCAGCAGAAACAGCUACAUGUGAAACACAGACAAAAAAACCCCGCACACUAUUUCAGAGGAGUUAGAAAAUGGAUAAUUUCUGAAGCACCUCAUGGAGACAUUUUCCCCCACUGAAUGAGAUGGCGUUAUAGACCCAGCCUCCACCCUGCCCUGCGGUUACUCCUCUACCACCAUUCCCAUCAACUGACCUUCCCCUGCUAACCCUAACGCAGUCCUUGUGUUGCGCCUGUGGGUGCAAACCUGGUUUCCUGUCUUCACACAGCCAUGGACGCCCUGACUAUUAGGGGAAUACAGGUCUCCCCAGUGAGAGACUUCGACCAAAUAGUGGAGAUCAGAGCCGAGAAACAUGAACACCUGCGAGGACGUAACAACGUGACUUCAUGUCGCAGCCCUACGAGAGAGUUUAACACAAGACUGAUAAAGAAUGAACUGAAGGAAAAGAGGCAUCUGGAAUUUCUGAGGAGGAGAUCAGUGAGCCCAGAGCUGUGUGGUGUGAAGCCCACAAACCGGUCUAAGAAGACACAACAUUCACCAGAGACAUUUUCAAUGAAACAUCAGUCAUCAUCAAUCAGCAAGUCAGAGACACUGUAUACAAAUAUCCAAAAUACUCCUAAAGCUAAUGGAUAUCCAGUGAUUUUAACACCCAACAGCAACAUAACUGAUGGCCCAGGCAGCAGGAAAUGGGCUUCGUUAUGGCCCGAACAGGUAACACUGAUGAGGCAAGAGAAAGGCCAUGUAAGGGUGCAAGCAUCUACCUCUACGUCAGCGGUACAGGAGUCAAACCAGCACUUUUUACUCUCUCGCCAAAUAGAAAAGAUUCAACACAAAUUCUCUGUCCAAACUGAAAAUAUUGUUCAAAAAAAGAUACUGCGAGAGACCAGCGUGCAGACAGAGUCGGGUCUUAUCACUGUCAAGGAGUCAGAUGUGCAGCGGUUAGCCGACUACUUGCAGGAGGCCCUGUGGAGAGAGGAGGCAGUGAAGAAGAAGCUGGCAGCCCUCCAGGACAGCACGUCAAACCUCGUGAACUCCUCCAGCAAAAUAUGGACUGCUCGCUGCAGUGAAGACCUACUGAGAAACAAGAUCAAGGCUCUGGAGGCGCAGCUGCAAGUCUGCCUGCAGAAGUUUCCCAGGGAUGGAGUGAAGAAACUGGUGCUACAGAUGGAGAAGCAGAAACUGGCGUAUGAGGAGAAGGCCUUGGCUGCCUUGCAGAAGGCCACACAGGACAAAACAGAGGCGCUCACCAAGGCUGAGGCAAUGCAGGAAGCGUUAAUUACAGCAAAGGCAGAGGCACUGAGAUGGGAGAGCCUUUAUGAGGAUCUGAAGAUAAACUGUGGACAACUGAGGGAGAACCAACUCUUCAGCAAUGAACAGCUGCAACAGCUGCACAGCCAAGUGGAGCUGUCCAGAGCCAGAGAGGACGAGCUGAGGGAAGAGGUGGUGUCAUUAAGACAAGAGAAGCAGGAGCUACAGUACAACAUUUGCCUGCUGGAAGGGAAGAACCAGAUGUUAAGAGAGGAAAUUCAGCACCUUAAAGAGUGCAGCAAUGAGACCCAGGACUUGAUUGAGUCAGAGGAAGCAGAGCAACAACUGAGGAGAGACUCUCAGGUGGAGGAGCAGCUCCGUCACACUCAGGAGAAACUCCGACUCAAGGAGAGAGAGUGCGAGGAGCUGCAGACAGAGCUGCAUGUCAUGGAGCAGGAGUGUCAGUCCAGCCAGGCCCGGCUGUCACAGUGCAGGGAUGAGCUUCGGCAACUCGGCCAGCGCCACAAGAGACCGACGCGGCUGUGUGGCUCCUGGUGGAAGGUGUGGAUGUUCUUCCUUCUACUCCUCGUUGUGGUGGAAGUUGCCCUGCUGUGGCUGUGGUAUCCUCCUUUCAGGGAGCAAGUUGAAGAUCUGUACUCAGACAUAGAGACACGCAUUGAAGACUAUCUAGUGGAAAUGGCCUCUCCUCAGCACUCAAGCUGUUUUAGACCAAUAUGAUAAUGGCACUGCUCAGGAAUGUUAUUUUUAUUGUUGCUUUUGUUUUAAAAUAAGGCUAUUUUAGGAUAUUAGGAUAUAGUUUGUUGAUAUUUUUGUAUUUUAUACUAUUUCAGACUUGGAGCGUGUGUGUAUGUGUGUGUAUGAUGUGUAGGAUCUUCAAAUACAAGUGAACACUUAAAGUGUGAAAAAUAUAACAAUGUUUGCAACAAUUACAAGAUGUUGAAAGCACUAUCAGCGCACAAGUCAGCUGAGGUUAAUAACAUUUUAAGAACCUGUGAUGUUUGUGUCAACAAAAUAGGGAAAAAUGAGGAAGUAUCCUCUUUACUGUAAACAGCUUAUUUAGUCAAAAGCGCCACCUUGAAUUAUUAGAAAAGACAUAUAAAACAUCAAAAGCACUUAAAAUGAAGAUAAAAUAUCACAGUAAUGCUUUCAGCUGUUGUGGUGACAUGCUGGGGAGUUGUUUUAGAUUCACUGCUGGGGGAGUAAGCACUCAAUAAAAGAGCCAUUAGAGUUUAAUAUUAUAAGAAAUAAAGAAAUAUUGUCAUACGAAA